UGUUUUGGAGGCGACCGCUAGAGAGCACAAAAGUGCAAAAACGCAGAAGACUGUUGUAGUCCAGAAUGUAGCAGCUGCGUUCAAAAGGACUUAGUAAAUGUCAAUUAUGCUGCUGUUGUCUUUUAAAGGAUAAAAUAAACAACAAUCUUCUCGAUUUUGGGAGAAGCUCUGGCAAUUUUUAGGGCAACAAGAGCUCGAUAUGUUCAACCCUCGCACCCAACACCACCAACAGCAGCAGCAGCAGCAGUACCACCAGCACCUGCGGCAGAUACAACAUCUUUUCCACCAACCGCCUCCACCGCCUCCUCCUCGGCCGCCUUCUGCACCGCCACAGCCCACUCCAGCUCACCAUGUCGGCCAUCAUCAUCACCAGGCAACACGAGCCAUCACAGUACCUCCACAUACGGCGACGCCUCCUCCCAGAAUGGUCAACCUGUGCCAAGCAACUCAAAGUACCGUUAUUAGCCCCAAUCCCAUGCUGCAGGGAGCCUUAAUGAUGCAGCAGAUGCAGGGUAACAUGCGGGGUUUUGGGAUUGCUGGACAGCAGUUUUGUCAGUUUUUCACAUCAGCAAACAGGUCUCUCCUGGGGCCGGUUCCCAUGGGCAUUGCAAUGAAGUCUCCCCUUGUGGGUUUCCCCGCUGCCGCUCGGCCCUUCCAACCUUCCCAUCGCUGCUACUACAAUAAUGCUGUCCUCACCACAACCGCUACCAGCAUAGCCAGCACCUCUUCUGUUACCGACACCAGCACGGAUGCCGUCACUCCCCAGCCGGAGAAGAAGUGUGACAGCAAGCAGAUGGUUGAUGGGUGCACAGAUGACAUCGCAGCAGAUAACAAGGCCAAGGAAACUGAAACAGAUGGUGUUGUGAAAUGGGUGGAUGAAUCCCCACGUAGUUUUGAGGAACAGAAUGAAGAACCUGCCCUCAAAAGAAAGAAGAUGGAAGGUUCUGAAGACCCUCAACAGGAUCCUCUUCUUAAUGACUGCGUCAUUCUCGAGGAAGACGGUGGUACGCCGGGUUCAAGGGCUGCUGACAGAGUCGAGGACAGCCAUGCUACCGUGAUGGGUGAGACUGAUCCCUCACACAAACAGGAUGUAGAGGGGAGUGCUGCAGAAGGUGCCAACAAGUUCUACUGCUACCUCUGCACCAUCACCUGUCACAGUCAGGAAAACUUUCGCAGUCAUAUGAAUAGCGUUUCCCACCAGCAGAGGAUGAUGGAGAUUCAGCACAUGAGCAAUGCCUGCUUGGUCACACUUCUGCCACGACUGCACGAGACUCUCCAGGGGGCCAGUAAAGAUGGCGAGAAAAAAGACACGCAGCGUUGGUGUGCUACCUGUUGCGCUCACUACUCCAUCAGCAUAUUGGAUCAUCGGCGUACAGAGGAGCACAGACUUGCAAGUCAAGCUGCCGUGUUGUCCUGCAGCGUCUGCAAGAAGCACUUCAGGAGUUCAAAGCUAUUUGUGGCACACUUACAGACACAGGAGCAUCAGCAGAGAAUAGAGAAGGAAAUAGAGAGCUGGGGCCUUUCAUUGAAACUACCAGGCAGAGUUGACGGCGUUGAGAUUGAGGAAGAGAAGGAAGAUGACAGGCUCGACCCGAAUGAAGAAGAUCUUGAUCCUGAGAACCAGGAUGGAUGGAGCUUAGGUAAAGAAGUGACUCUGAAGGACAUGGCAAGAGAUGAGCAGCACGACCCCGGCACAAUCUACGGGUCCAGUUUCUUCAUGCCGGUGGCCGGUUUCAUCUGCCGACUCUGCAACAAGUUCUACCACUUUGACUCGUCAGCCUUACACACACACUGCAAGUCCCUCAAGCACUUUGAAAAUCUCAAAAGACAUAAAGAAUCAGUCAGCGAACAACGCAACAACACUGACAUCGACGGCAGCUCUUUAACAGGAGCCAUCACAGACUCUCUGGAAAGAGAUUUCCUCUCCAGCACCACAGAAUCAACGUCAAAGCUCAGCGGUACACAAGGGACUAAAAACCAACUACCUUUUGAUAUUGCACAUCUGCCAGUCUGUACUGACAACACGAAUGAAGAAGAGACCAUGAAAAAUCGACCCUAGCCAAAACCAGGCACGUUUUGUAGGGUCAUAAAAAGACAAAGGACAGAUGACAUAAACCCCCUCCCAAAUAUCUCAUUGUCAGCAGCAAUAGACGUCCAAUCCAUUCGAACUGGGAGGGUUGGCAGCGAAUGAAUGAACAUUCCACCCUCCCUGUUCAAAUGGAUUGGAUGUCUACUAGUGAUAAAUUCAUUAGUGAGAGGGUGCAUCUUGUCCAGGACAUUUUUUUUUUUUUUUACUUGAAUGCCAGUGACAGAAAUCAAUGUCCAAUCCAUUAUUCAAAAACACUGAGAUGCUGUUCACAAGACCGCUCAUAUUUUAUAGUUUAUGUCAGACCAUUUGUUUGUGCCAUUUUAAUGGGUGAUGUGUCUGUAUUUGAUCGAUAAAAAUGCUUAACAGUUCUUUUUAAAGCCAGAAAGAGUUUAUUUUUCCACAAAUGCAUCACUUCCUUGUUAUCACUUCCUUGUUAUGAACGGUUCCAGAAAUAUUCCAUCCUCAUUUGUAGUUAUUUAGGGCCACAUUGUAUUGCUCAUGUCUCAAAUGCUGGAAGUUUUUUUUUUUCUCUCUCCUCUCUUUCAGAUUCUUUUAAUUUAUAUUAAAAUGUCCUAACAAUUCCCCAGUCAUGUGAAC